UGAUCUCCGAAAGGUUGCAUUUCUGCAGGGGCAGAGCAGCGUUUGUCAGAACAGACAAGCCGAGAUGGCGAUGGCUCUCGCUCCCAUGGUGGUCGUGGUUGUGCUCGUGGCGGUGGUAUGGCCUUUUGUGCCUGUCCACGUGUCAAUCGCCUGCCUUUCUCUCCUGGUCGCCGCUGCGGCCGCAAUUAGAUGGAGGAGAAAGCGAGCUCCGAUCGGCGUGAAGACUUCUGUAGCGAAGCAGGGCUUGGGCGCGAAGAGUGCUUUGGAAGACGUGGCAGCAGCAGGUGCAGCGCCGGCAGACCCAGCUGCGGAUGGCGUGACGACGACCGCCCAGGAGGGGCCGGUGAAGUCACAAUUGCCGCAAGCGGCUGCAGAGCGGGAAUUGGCCACGACGCGGACGGCGGCAGAGGAGCGGGGGGAUUUAGCGACGGCGCAGAAAGCGGCGGAGGAACGGGGGGAUUUGGCGACGGCGCAGAAAGCGGCGGAGGAGCGGGACGUGACUACGGCCGUGACUGGGGUGGCGGAACCAUCCACUACUACAUUGGAGAAGGUAGCGGCGGCGGUUGAAGAGCAGGGGCAGCAGCGCCAGGAGAGCGAGAAGGAGCGGACUUCCACCUCGGAUUGGACAUCGAAUUUGGAAUCGCUGUUUCCCAAAGCGGAGUUUCGCCCUCCAUCUCGAAGACCCUGCCCGAAAUCGGACCGAUGGGGAGUGGCUCAAUUCAAGUGGAAGCAUGGAGGAUCAAAGGUGGAGGUGGUGGGCAGCUUUUCCGCAGGAGAGCCUGUGCCACUCAAGCCGUCGUUGGUGGAGCCAGGGGUGUUCUAUGUGGAUUAUGCUUGCCCUCAGGGACCUAUCGAAUACAGUUUUAUUGUGGAUGGAGAGAGGAAGGUUGAUCCGGAUGCACCAGUAUCAGCUGCGACUGGCAACAACACCGUGGUUGUGGAGAGGAACAUGUUUGACGUGUUGAGCCGCAUGUUUGAGCAGCGCAUCCUUAUGAUUGACGGGGCGAUGGGGACAAUGAUUCAGCGACAUAGACUCGAGGAGGAGGACUUCCGCGGUACCCGGUACGUGAACCAUACCCAUGAUCUGAAGGGAAACAACGACCUCUUGGUCAUUACCCGCCCAGAUCUGAUAGAAGACAUCCACAAGGAGUACCUGAUGAAAGGAGCAGAUAUUGUUGAAACGAAUACGUUCAGCGGUACGUGGAUUUCACAGGCGGACUAUGAGCUGCAGGCUGAAGAGGAGGUGCGUUUGAUUAACGUUGAAGCUACAAAAGUGGCCAUGCGUGCUGCAGAUGCAGUCACUCAAAUGGAACCAACAAGGCCAAGGUUUGUUGCAGGUGCGAUUGGGCCCACCAACAGGACCUUGUCGGUGUCGCCAAGCGUCGAGAACCCGGCUUUCCGUGCGUGCACGUUCGAUGAGGUUGCAGCUGCGUACAAGUUUCAAGUGAAGGCGCUUGUAGAGGCUGGGGUGGAUGUUCUUUUGGUAGAAACUAUUUUUGACACGUUAAAUGCGAAGGCGUGCUGCUAUGCGAUUCAGGAAUAUUUUGACGAGGUUGGGUUCGAAAUACCUAUCUUCAUCAGUGGCACAAUUGUCGAUAACAGCGGUCGUACGCUUUCAGGCCAGACAGGCGAGGCAUUCUGGAUCAGCAUAUGCCAUGCAAGGCCGUUGGCUGUGGGGUUGAACUGUGCACUCGGCGCACGGGACAUGCGUGGCUAUGUUGACACCCUGAGCAAGAUUGCAGACACAAACGUCAUUUGCUAUCCGAAUGCAGGACUUCCAAAUGCAAUGGGUGGUUAUGAUGAAUCCCCAUCACAGUUUGGAGAGAAUUUGCGGGAUUUCCUGACAGGAGGGCUUGUGAAUAUUGUCGGUGGAUGCUGUGGAACAACGCCAGACCACAUCAAUGCUGUCGCGCAAAUUGCCAAAGACUGCAAGCCCCGUCCCAUUCCAAAGGUUAGGAACUUGUUGCGGAUCAGUGGCCUUGAACCAUUUAUUUAUACUCCUGAGACGAUACCAUUCAUAAACUUGGGCGAAAGGUGCAAUGUUGCGGGGUCGAUUAUCUUCAAGAAGGCAAUCAUGGCAGGGGAUUACGACAAGGGGCUUUCCAUUGCUGUAAAGCAGGUUGACGCUGGUGCUCAGGUCAUUGACAUCAACAUGGACGAGGGGCUGUUGGAUUCAGUGGCGGCGAUGACACGGUUUGUUAACCUUCUUGUUUCUGAACCAGAGGUUGCCCGGGUGCCGUUCAUGAUAGACUCUUCUAAAUUCCACGUUGUGGAGGCAGGACUGAAGUGUAGUCAGGGGAAAUGCAUUGUGAACUCGAUAUCGCUGAAGGAGGGUGAAGAAGUAUUCAAACACCAUGCUAAUAUUGUGAAGAGGCACGGUGCAGCCGUUGUGGUGAUGGCGUUUGACGAGGAGGGUCAAGCGGCAACAGAGUACGACAAGGUUAGGAUUUGCACACGAGCCUUCAAGAUUCUGGUAGAUGACGUUGGGAUGAAUCCUGAGGAUAUUAUCUUUGAUCCCAAUAUUCUGACGAUCGCGACUGGACUGGAGGAGCAUAAUAACUAUGCUGUGGACUUCAUUGAAGCCACGAGGAAGAUAAAAAAACUCUGCCCAGGGGCGAAGAUUAGCGGCGGAGUCUCCAACAUAUCCUUCUCUUUCCGUGGGAACGAGCCUGUUCGUAGGGCGUUCCAUUCGGCCUUCCUUUAUCAUGCCAUCAAGGCAGGAAUGGACAUGGGUAUCGUUAAUGCGGGCCAGAUUGAUAUUUAUGACGAUAUUGACAAGGUCUUGCUUGAACAUGUCGAAGAUUGCAUCCUGAACAGGCGACCCGAUUCCACGGAGAGGAUGCUGGAGCUUGCCCAGAAGAUUGAUCCCAAGGGAAGUGGCCCCAAGGAUCCUGGCCAGCAGAAUGCCUGGAGGCAAUUGCCAGUGGAGAAAAGGUUGGAGCAUGCGUUGGUGAAGGGCAUCGAUCAGCACGUGGUUGAUGAUGCGGAGGAAGCAAGGGUAUGUGGGCAGUACCAGAGACCCCUGCACAUCAUCGAGGGCCCUCUAAUGGCUGGGAUGAAUGUUGUGGGAGAUCUGUUUGGUGCAGGGAAGAUGUUCCUCCCGCAGGUGAUCAAAAGCGCCCGUGUCAUGAAAAAGGCGGUUGCGCACCUGAUCCCCUACAUGGAGAAGGAGAAGGAGGAGGCGAGGAAAUUGAACCCGGAGUUGUCCGAAGAUUCCAAUGCAGGUGUUGUUGUGAUUGCCACUGUGAAGGGUGAUGUACACGAUAUUGGCAAGAACAUUGUUGCGGUGGUGUUGGGGUGCAACAAUUACAGGGUGGUGGAUCUUGGGGUGAUGACACCGUGUGCCACUAUCCUUCAGGCUUGUCGGGAACACCAUGCGGACGUCGUUGGACUUUCUGGGCUGAUCACUCCAUCCCUGGAUGAAAUGGUGACUGUCGCUAAGGAAAUGGAGCGCGAAGGCUUCAAGAUCCCCCUCUUGAUUGGAGGCGCCACAACAAGUAGGAUGCACACGGCUGUGAAGAUAGCCCCCCAGUACAGUGGACCCGUCGUUCACGUCCUGGAUGCAUCUCGCAGUGUUCCUGUCGUCUCGGCAUUGAUUGACGAGACUGUGAGAGAGGACUUCGUCCAGGACAUCAAGGAGACCUAUGCAGAGCUGCGGGAAGAACAUUAUGCCGGUCUGGAGGAUAGGAAGUAUAUCCCUCUCGAGAAAGCGAGACGGUUGAAGCUCAAGGUUGACUGGAAAGACCCCAUCUCAGCACCUAUUCGACCGAAGUUCUUGGGAACAAAGGUUUUCAGCGACUACCCGCUUGAAAAGCUUGUGGAUGCAAUUGAUUGGAACCCUUUCUUCCAAGUAUGGCAGCUCAGGGGCCGGUACCCUAACAGAGGGUAUCCGAAGAUAUUCAAUGAUGAGACUGUGGGUGCAGAGGCAAGGAAGCUGCAUGAGGAAGCGCUCCUGAUGCUUGACGAUAUUGUCAAAAAUAAGAGGCUGCAGACGCGUGCCAUCAUCGGGAUGUACCCGGCGAAUUCGGUAGAGGAUGACAUUGAAACGUACGCGGAUGAGACGUGCACAGAGGUGCGUGCGGUGUUCCACACCCUUCGGCAGCAGGCAGAGCAGGAAACUAAUGGCCCUUACAUUGCGCUGUCCGAUUUUGUAGCACCGAAGUCGACAGGAAUUGUGGACUACAUCGGCAUGUUCGUUGUGUCUUCCGGUUUCGGGUUGGAGAAGAUGACAGCUGAGUUCAAAGAGAAGCACGACGAUUACAGCUAUAUCAUGGCAGAGGCUCUUGCUGACAGACUGGCGGAAGCGGCCGCAGAGGUGCUUCAUUUAGAAGUCAGAAAAGAGUACUGGGGUUACAGCAAGGAGGAGUCGCUUUCCGUCGACGACUUGCUGAAGGUAAAGUACCAGGGCAUCCGGCCCGCUCCGGGAUAUCCUUCACAGCCUGAUCACACAGAAAAGAAGACCAUGUGGGACCUCAUGGAUGUUGAAGAGCUGACUGGUGUCCAGCUCACCGAGACCAUGGCCAUGUUGCCUGCAGCAUCUGUGUCAGGCUUGUUCUUUGCAAGUCCUCACAGUCAGUACUUCGCUGUUGGGAAGAUAACCCCUGAUCAGGUGAAGGACUAUGCGGGGAGGAAAGGUAUGCCUCUGACGGACACCGAGAAAUGGCUUGGGCCAAUGUUGAGCUAUGAGCCGUGAUGGCGCGUAUUGCAGCUGGUAAGUGGAAGACCAGGCGCUCUUAUGUGCACAAUUGUGAAGUGAGUGAAUCGUGCCCUUGAUGCGAUCUCUGGGGAGGGGAUCGGAUGGCUCGAUCGGUCUGCCAUGGCACCCAGUCAGAAGGCAGCAGAAUUAGGUGGGUUGUGAGACCACUUGAUUUGGAAUUGCUACGGGACUGGAGAGUUUCUUCAAGGAUCUCAAUUUUUUUUAAUUUUUUUUUUGUGGACAGUUUUCGCCCAGCGCUGGUGAAAAAGUCUCGUUUCGUUUCUGCCGUAUCAGGUGGGUAGUAGGAGCUCGUCGCGGCCAAAAGUUGUACGCGCUUAUCGCUCAUCGUAUUGAUGAUACGGUAUCCAUCGUGGCGGGAAAAUGUUAUCCAGCAGUUGUGACGAGCUACUGCCGCCCGGUGUUGGUUUGCUAUGUGGGGACAGAGCCAGCGUCCUGAUGUGAGCUGUUUUAGGUAGAAGUUUACUCGCUGCGAUUUUUUUUGUGGAAGCGAUUUGUUGAAUGGUAAAUGCCUGCAUUAUUUGUUUUGAAUAUUUUGGCUACUGUCCUCUCAGAGUGUGUAUGAUCGAAGCAGGCAGUUGUCUGGGUACACCUGUUGUACUUCCUGUAUGCCGCUUUGUUUUCGGUCCUCUUCAGAGUCCGGGAGAGAAAAUUGUUUCUCUAGUGGCAUGCUGAUGUGUAGAGACUGCUGCAUUCAGUAGUUCUUUGUCAGUGUGUUCUUGUCGCCCUACUCGAUCAGCAGAGAAGCAGUUGAAGUUGUGGUUCUGUCCCUGGGAUCUUGUCGCUACUUCAGUUCUGUGGUAAUCUACAGAAGUGGGAUUUGACAGCCUUGUUUCGACUUCGAUUUUCCUGUAGUCAGAUCAGAAACCACGGCGAGUGUUUACGCAACUUCAUCUCUCUCUCUCUCUCUCUCUCUCUCUCUCUCUCUCUCUCUCUCUCUCUCUCUCUCUCUCUCUCUCUNUCUCUCUCUCUCUCUCUCUCUCUCUCUCUCUCUCUCUCUCUCUCUCUCUCUCUCUCUCUGUGUGUGUGUGUGUGCGUGUGUGUGUGUGUGUGUGUCACUGGUAGUGGAACAAUAAAUAAGGAAUAAUGCUCGCUGUUCUUGCAUAGUUAAAAAGAGUUCCUUAGCGUGUGCAGCAAAGAACGUCCGUUGUCUGGGAUGACGACGAGUCCAGAUUUUGGCAGCGGUAUCCGGCUGCCUCUUGGUUUUAGCAGCAGUCUUUCUUGCUGCCUCUUUAUUUCGGCAGCUCUUUCUGAUGUCUGCCUUGACGAAUUUUGGAUUCAUGCGAUGUCCAGAAGAGAAAUGAAUGUGUCAUUGACUUUGCGUGGGCUUGAGAAAGGCCUGGCAAGAUGUCCAGAAUAGAAAUGAAUGUGUAAUCGACUUUGCAUGGGCUUGAGAAAGGUCUGAUUCAUAUUCUCUGCUGUGGCCUGUGAGGAGGUCCUGAGAACUGGGUGAAUGCAGUACGACUGGCGGAUCUGUAUUGUUCCAUGAGGUUGGUUGAUACGACUGGCGUCUAUGGAGGUUUUAUCAAACAGGGGUAAAACAGUACGAGUUUUCUUUAAUGUGUAAGUGCUCACCAAAUUCAGCCUACCUGCUGAAUUCCAUGCCUCAGUUGUUGCAAGUGGAUCCUUUUCUAUAUCGUUUUUUUUUUUUUUUUUAAAUAUAUAUUUUAGCAACAGCUGAGGGAUGUUCCUGUUUGAUAGUCAGGCUUUGCUUGUUGUUUUUAUUUGAUGGACUUCUUGUCCCGGGUGGGGAGUGAUUACCAAGUACAUGCGUCCUGUAGUUUCAACUGCGAGGGAGUGACCAGGUGCAUGCUGCCUGUGGUUGCAACUGCGGUGAAAUGCUGACCAGGUUCAUGCUGCUUGUGGGUGCAACUGCGGUGAAAUGCUGUACUGUCACGGUUAUCACGGAGAGAAAGCAUGUGCGAUCAAAGUUCGUUU